AUGUCCAAUUCUAAGGAUGGCCAUACCAGCGUUCGAGAUAGGCUCAAGUUGCAGUUUCAGGACAAGGAGGUCGCAGCAUUUCGAAUGCGGCUAGCUAGCUAUAAGUCAACACUUACCAUCGCUUUGGAAUUCUCCUCAUUCAAAAGCACAUCGCAAAACCUCGAGGCCACCAAAGCCCUUGAAGCAAAGAUUGAGGCCGUCGCGGCGCGUCUGACAGGCCAAAUGCAAGGACUUCAAAUUGGCCUACAAGCUUUCCACGAUGCUAGUGCUCAAAGCCAAGAGCUCGUUACGACUACCCAGCAGCAAGAACUAGCACAAGCCCAGGAUUCCAAGCUCUUACUUGCUAUUGAACAACAAAACAUCGCUCUCGGACACUGUUAUAGAGCUUGUAUGGCAGCGUUGAAGGAAACAACUCAAGCUACAGGCCAUACAUACAAGUAUUUAGAAGCUUCCAACGAGGCUAGAAUGCUUGCGGGCGACUUGGGUAAUGUGCCUGGAGGCUCUAAAAAUACAUACGAGGUUGUUCUUGCAAAGGAUAAAGCAAAUAUAGUCGUGGGAAACAUGGAAUGGCAAUAUGCGAAAGAUUUCUUUCAGAGAUAA